CCUGCUCUCUCUGGCCCCCUACACUUUCCUUUCUGAUCCUACUUUCUCUCUCUCCUGGACAGGAAUUACUCUCACUUUCACCACCCGAUGUAUGGGAACUGCUACACUUUCAAUGGCAAGAACAACUCUAACCUCUGGAUGUCUUCCAUGCCCGGGAUCAAAAAUGGCCUGUCCCUGACGCUGCGCACAGAGCAGAAUGACUUCAUCCCGCUGCUGUCCACGGUGACUGGGGCCAGGGUAAUGGUGCACGGGCAGGACGAGCCUGCCUUCAUGGAUGACGGCGGCUUUAACUUGCGGCCUGGCGUGGAGACCUCCAUCAGCAUGAGGAAGGAAGCCCUGGACAGACUUGGGGGCAACUAUGGUGACUGUACCAAGAAUGGCAGCGAUGUCCCUGUGGAGAACCUUUAUCUUUCCAAGUACACACAGCAGGUGUGUAUCCGCUCCUGCUUCCAGGAGAACAUGAUCAAGGAGUGUGGCUGUGCCUACAUCUUCUAUCCACUGCCCAAGAAUGCAGAGUUCUGUGACUACAGGAAGCAUAAUUCCUGGGGUUACUGUUACUAUAAGCUUCAGGAUGCCUUUUCCUCGGACCGCCUGGGCUGUUUCACCAAGUGCCGGAAGCCAUGCAGUGUGACCAGCUAUGAGCUCUCUGCCGUUUAUUCACGAUGGCCCUCAGUGACAUCCCAGGACUGGAUCUUCCAGAUGCUAUCCCGACAGAACAAUUAUACCAUCAACAACAAAAGAAAUGGGGUUGCCAAACUCAACAUCUUCUUCAAGGAGCUGAAAUACAAAACCAAUUCUGAGUCUCCCUCUGUCACGACGGUCACCCUCCUGUCCAACCUGGGCAGCCAAUGGAGCCUGUGGUUCGGCUCCUCGGUGCUGUCUGUGGUGGAGAUGGCCGAGCUCAUCUUUGACCUCCUGGUCAUCACAUUCCUCAUGCUGCUCCGGAGGUUCCGAAGCCGAUACUGGUCUCCGGGCCGAGGGGGCAGGGGUGCCCAGGAGGUGGCCUCCACUCCAGCUUCCUCCCUCCCCUCCCAUUACUGCCCCCGCUCCACAUCCCCCUCCCCCCCCCCACCAGGCCCUGCCACUUUCCCAGCCUUGACAGCCCCUCCACCUGCCUAUGCCACUCUGGGCCCCUGCCCUUCUCCGUCCAGCUUGGUGCGGACUGACUACUCUGCCUAUACUCUGGAGGAGCCCUGAGAGGGAAAGAGCAUGUCCCCCCUCCACCCAAGGCAGGCGCUUCCCCUGGUGGGAGGGGACCAGGCUUGGCAGGAUGAGAGAAAGUUUGGGGACUUCCUCUCAGAACUGCCCAACUGCCUUUGGUGUGGGGGAGGGAAGCAGGAUGGACAAGGGGCUACAGAAAUGGCCCAGUGAACAGGGGCCAAGGAACCUGCCUGGCAUUGCCCUGUCUUCCGCCCUGUCCCCUCUGGUCCUGCCUCUAGAAGAUGCUGAUUUCCCAACCCGAGCGCAAACAAGUCCACUUUUCCCUUGGAUCAGCCAGGCCAAACUUGGAGCUUCGACAAGGAACCUUCCUAGGAAACCACUGGUGACCGGAAACAAAAACAAGGGCACACAAAGGCAUGCACACUUCCUACCCAGAGAUGACUGAAGCCAACCCCGGGCCUGGCCACGCUACUUUCCAGUGACACGUUUGCUCCUCUUCUUGAACUUGAGUGGGGAACCCCACCCAAAAGCCCCCUUUGUUAGUUCUUGGGCAAUUCUCCUUCCCAGGGCAGGGGCUGGAGCAGACCGAUGUAGUAAAGGCUUGGCCAUUCCUAGUUGGCCCCAGGACUCUUCCAGCCUCAUCUACCCUGCGCCCCAACAGAGCCAUACCCCAAUGCCUCUGCGUCCUUCAUACCUUCGCAUAUUGGCCCGAGUUCUUUCCUCAGCCUGGAAGCCUGGAGAAUUCCUGUGCAUCCCUUAGAACCCUAUUCUGGCACCACUACUUCUGUGAAGAGUUCUGCUCCUUCUUGUCUUCCCCAGAAUUGAUCACUUCCCUCUCCCCUGGACUCCCAUAGCACGGCAUAACAUCUGUUGGAGAGUUGAUGUUGGCUUAUGCUUUCUUGUUCCUUUGUGUCUGCCUCCCCAACUAGACUGAGCUCCUUGUGGUCAGGGACGGAAUCUUGUUCAUUUAUGUAUCCUCAGAGUCUAGCCCAGUGUCCCGCUUGGAGCAAGUAGGCAGGUGCUCAAUAAAUGUUUGCUGCAUAAGGAA